AUUAGUAGCAUAAAGGGAGUAUUUACCGUGACCGUUCAUUCAAGUUCAGCGCUUACCAACACAGGCCUUAUUUCAAAACAAAAAGAGACGCCAUGGAAGAUUUAACGCUUCAGCAACUGAUUGAUCUGCAGAAUAUCCAGAAGGAGCUAAACAGCAACAAGGAUACCUACUUGAAGACCUAUCGUCAAGUCCUCAAAAAGAAAUGUAGAACAGAGCUGAACAAUUUAGUUCGGGCUGAUUUUAACAUUGUGGAAUCGGAGUUGAAUGUUCCAUCAUUACCACCCCUGCCUGCCGAAGAUGAGAAAACCACGUCCACAGUAGUGUUCAGCAAUAUGGUUAAAGACUACGACUUCACUAUGGACUGUUUGUCCUUGUUGUAGGACUGCUCUGAUCGAUCCUUGGCGCUGUUCAGCCAAUAUCCAUGCAGGACGCGAUAUG